UUUUUGUCAACAACAGAUCACAGAGAUUAAAAAAACGUGCAUUGAAGAAAAAUAUGAGCGAUUCUGUAUGAAUUCAAGUUGUAUUUUUCUAUAUUAAUAUAUAGAUUGCAGUUGGAAGAAAUUAAGCAAAUAUAAAAGUACUCCAAAUUUGUUAUAAAAGUGUUACGGCGCCUAAAAUGAGUCAAAUCUUAAAUAGAAUAAUCGAAGUAGACCCAAACAAUAGCGAAGCUGUUAAAGAAAGCGUUGGUGUUUUCUUCCAGAAUUUAUUAAAGCAUGUAGAUCAAGACAGCAAUAGAUGGCUUCGAGCCUUAGAAGACGUGAUCAACCGAUUUCCCAAAUAUUGCAUCAAUCAUCGAACAACAUUUGAAACAUUUCUGAUUAAUUUUAUUGAUUCGCAUAACAAUAACAAUGUUAUUGCUGCAGCAAAAUGUGUUCAUCUAUUACAACAGAUAAAAACCACAAAUCCAAAAUCAGGAUGGAGACGCCACAUGACUCUGUUGUGUUAUUCAGCUAAUAAGCUGAUGGGUAAGCUCUAUGCUAUCACCACAAGUACUUUGAAAGAUGACAUUAUGAGUGAUAUACAAGCAAAUAUUUCUCCUCUAGUAGAAAUAUUGCUUAAUGUGACUAAUGUACCGCAAAAGAAUACAGAAAGGACUAAAGUAUUAAACAACAGAUUAAAAAAUGUCUUCAUCUGCAUACAGGCUAUGCUUGUUGAAGUAUAUCCAACAGCGAAACCAAUCCAGCCACAGAUGAUUCUAGAUUUAAUAGUGCAAAUAUUGAGUAUAGCUUGUGUAACCAGAGACACUACGGAGGAUCUUGUUGCUAUGAAAAUCCAAGCACUUCGCACAUUGGAUGCACUUAUAGCUUGCCUUGGCCCAAAUCUUAUACCAUAUUCUCCACUAGUAUUCAGGCUGGUAAUGCAAACAUUAAGAUGGAGUUCUGAUAAUCCCAAUGAUCAUACCAAAAAUGUCCGACGACACGCAUAUACAACCUUACGGCAAUGGCUCACGGUGUUGCAUGUGAGCAAAAUAUCAGAAAGUCGAAGCUCACUAGAGGACGAAUUGACCACACACAUUAUAAAUGAUAUAACACCACCCAAAAAAGUUGUUGAACUUACUAUGGGACCGCAACCAACGAGAAAUAUGAGUAAGAAGGCGCAGAGAAAAAUGAAAGCCAGACAAAUUAAUGAGAGUAGCCUUGCUUCGCAUAUGCCGGGGAAAAAUAAGACAUCCAAAUCGGAAGUAAUGAAUAACGAAGUGGCGAUGGCAGCGUUGGAUUGCGCCGAAACAUUAUUCAUUGUGGGAGGGAUAUUUCUGAAACCUAUCACACAUAAAAUUUUCCAAGAGCGUAUAAUCCGCGAGUGUUUCAACAUACAAGCAUACAGCGAAGCGCACAGUGUAGCGUUGUUAAGAGCGUUAGAAGCCGUUCGGAAAUGCAGCCCACAUUCGGUACCACCGCCCACACAGUACUGCCUGCAAUUGUAUGCUACAUUAGUCAAUAGCGAGCAACACGAGAUCGCGGCAUUCUGUUCGAGAGCUUUAUUGGAUAUAAGAUUACAUUUGCAUUGUUCUCCGCCAUCACUCAACUUUGCGCUGACCGUCGCGCCUGAGAAAGCAAAUAAGAAAAAGAGGGUUUCCGAAAAGAAUCUAGCUGUCUUGGAAUCACUGCUUGGAAAAGACAAGAUUCCGCCCAAUGGCUUAGAGGAAAUAAUAACAAUAGCUGAUGAACCAGUAAGCAAAAAAUCGAGAUUAGAAGAUGACGCAGAAAAAAUAAGUCUCAGUAGUGAUAACAUGAGUUCUGUAGAAAUAAGUGACGAUUCGGGUACUGAAGAUGUACAAGAAAUUAAUCAAAACGAAGAAAGGUCUGCCUCCGGAGAUGUUUCGAUAAAUGAAAUAGAAAAUGAAAGUCAAUCUACUCAAAAUGAUAUAGAAACUUUAAGCAACCAAGAAGGUGAUUAUAGUAAAGCUGUGUCUGAAAUGAUUGUAACUUGCCAAGAUGAUGAACAAACUCUGUGCUUUGAAGAUAUUCCUAACAAAAAUAUUGAUAUAACUGAAGGAGGAAACAUUAAUGAAACAAAUGUUGUUAAAGAAAAUUCAGAUACUUCAAUACACAAUGCUCCUACUCAAGUGCCAUUAAAUGAUUCAGUUGAAACUUUAGAUGGUGAUGACAGACCACAUUCUUUAGAAGUAACAUAUGAUUAUCCAAAUACAGGAAGUGAAAAAGUAGCUGUUCUAGAUAAAAUUGAUGAUGCUAAUCUCCCGAGUACUAAUGAAACAGAUGAUAUUCAAAUAACUUGCGGGCAAGUGAUCCGAAAUUCUCAAGACAUUGAUGGAGAGAGAAAAUCUGGUGAAAUGGAAAUUGACAAGUCACCAAAACUAAAUGGUAUUGAAGAUCCUAAAGAUGAAACAAAAGAUAUAAAUGUAGAAAUGACAGUGACGGAAUGUGAGUCUUCUUGUGUAGCAACACAAAAGAAUAUUCUAUCUGUUGAAGAUAUGAUGGCUGAUUUUGUAGACGAAGUUAAUGAUGACGCCUAAAAAUUUAUAUUUAUGUAAUUAUUUGUUUAAGAUUAAUAAAUUGCAU